UCUUCCUCUCAUCUCUCUCUCAUCUCACAGAACAACAAUGGCGGCGGCGGCGGCUACUUCGUUCUGCAUUUCCGCUUCCUCUACUUCUUCUUCUUCAACGAAAUCCCUAAAAGUACCUACACUUUCAAGUAAUUUAGGGUUCCCUUCUUCUUCGUUUAAGCCUCUCGGAGCUACUGAAUCACUUUCAUCUACCCGAAAUGGAGCACUUAAUGCUCGUAUGGUCGCUGCUCCUGCUACUAUAAAACCACCGAUUUCUCUAGAUUUUGAAACGUCUGUAUUCAAUAAGGAGAAAGUUACCCUUGCUGGACGCGACGAGUAUAUUGUGAAAGGAGGGAGAGAUUUGUUGAAGUUGUUGCCGGAUGCAUUCAAGGGAAUCAAGCAGAUUGGAAUCAUUGGCUGGGGUUCUCAGGGACCAGCUCAAGCCCAAAACUUGAGGGAUUCUCUUGCAGAAGCAAAAUCUGAUAUAGUCGUUAAGGUAAUACUUUCAUUACUUCUUUUUUAGAAAUUGAAGCUGGAGUUUAUCGGGUU